ACACGACACUGGCUGCUACUACCAAAUUGGUGGUACCUACACCUGCUAAACCUAUCCUUCCAGUUCAGACUGGAGUCCAAGCACAGCAAGAGGAGCAAUCUAGUGGCAUGACAAUUUUUUUUAGUCUUCUUGUAUUAGGUGAAUGAUGAACUGAAAGUCUCUUAAUCUCUGUUAAUCAUACUCUUUAUCUGAGGGCAUAGGCCAGUUUUCAAAAUCAGCAUUUUUCUCCACUUUUUUCUCUCUAUGGAGUAUUGUACAGGCACAGGGAUUUAGAAAGUGGGUAUGUAACUGCCUGAACCUCCCAAACCUGUGGACAGCUGAGGGCCAUUGCAAACCUUUUCACCAUGGUCUCAAAGUGCAAACAACGUGUUUAAUUGGCUUUGCCUUCUAUAGCAAGCACAUGACACAUGUUCAUGUAUGAAAAAAACAUUGUCAGAAUACUCCAUGGUGCUUGCAGCUGUCUUUGAGGACUGUACUAGACAGAUGUCAAUUUAACUACUUCUAGCGCUUUUGGGCAGCUCUCAGGUAUGUUGUUAUAUAAGCCAAUAGAAGGCAGUCAGAUUUACAUGCACAAGUACAAAAGUACAUUUAUCUAUUUUUCUGGCUCUUGCGUUCCUACAAGAGCGCGAUAAUAACAUGCAGACUACCAUAAUUAUAUUAACGUUGUUGUAUAUAUAUAGGCGUUUUGAAUGGCAGAUGGAUGCCCAACUUUUCUAUAAGGCUGGGCUGUUAUCUUUCUUUAAUGGAUAUAGUUAUCUCUCACCAUCUGCUUAGAGCAAUGCUGUAGUCAAAACUGUAACAAUAACAAAACUUUUAUGGAGGCUUAAGGGUUUGUCUGUUUUCCCUUGUGUGUUUGUGUGCUUGGUUCCUCCAAAGCAAGCUACACUGAGAGAUUUUUCUGUGACAGGUGGAUCACCUAGUCUUCUAAGUGGUUAUUCUUUCCAGUAGCAAAUGGAGAAAAUAAUAGGUAUGGAGUUGACAGCAAUGCAGAAACUUCUGCAAAACAUUUGGAUUUUAAAAAAAUAAAUUUUUGUCUCCUAUAACUAUUAUUAAGUGUAGCAAAAAGUAGGCUUCUGCUUAUUUCUAAAGUAUCUAUUUAUCUUCAAAGAGGGUUAAUGCUUUCCCAGAGGUCAAUGGCAUAUUAGAAUUUGAACAGAAACAAAAGAAAGACCACAGCAAAAUGCAGCAGAUCAGAAGUCUUCUAAGAUUAAAAUAAAAUUUCUGAAUAUGUGUGUCUCAUUGAUUUUUAAAAGGGCCAUUGUAUUCCUAGCACUUAAGAACAGAGCUAUGAUUUUUUUUGUGGCCAUGUUUUAGCCUAUUUAUGCCAGUCUGAUAGCUUGAUGGGUCUUAAAAGCAUCACCCUCAGGACAGGGGAGUUCCGUGAACAAAGUAAAGUCAGUAUAAAAGCUUAUUGUUCAUAGUUAUUCCCAUUCAUAAUCUCUGAUUUAAGGGUAUAGGAAGGGUGAAGAUGAAUGUGUCUACCAUACUCUUAAAUCUGGAUGUCAUGACCUGUAAAAUGGCCUUUAGAAUGUUCUAAACUGGAACAGACCCAGAAGCAGAUCUGUUCUGAGCUGUGUUGUGCCAAAGCCAAGACCCGAAUUUAAAGUGCCUGAAGUAGCAUGAGUUAGUCUCUGGCCCCAGAUUUCUAUGGCUUGUUUAUCUGUUCAAACACAAAGUCAUACCUCUAUUCUGCCAUGUUCAUGUGAUCCAAGAAUUCCCUUCUGUUAUGUUAUGUGCUUUUACUGUGCCCUUCCUUAAGGGGACACUCAAAUGUUCUUUUAGCCUGUGCAGAACACUGCUUUUUCCAGUCUCUUGCCUGAUCGUUAUACAGGAAGUUGGACUAGAUGACCUCAAGAGAUCUCUUCCAGUGUAAUUUUUCUGAUUUGGUGAUUACCGUUUGAGCAAAGCCCAUCUACUCAGAAGGACUCAGGUGUGAAACUAUCUGCAUCAUAUUGGUGCAUUUACUGAUAAAAUACCGACUUCAUUUUUUGCCAGAGAGUGUGGCUGUUGUUUCUUUAGGUAUCCUUAUGGGAGCUUUUAUAAAAAUCAUAGAGGCUCAAAAGCUGGCCAACUGGAAGGAAGAAGAAAUGUUUCGUCCAAAUAUGUUUUUUCUGCUUUUGCUUCCACCUAUUAUAUUUGAAUCUGGAUAUUCAUUGCACAAGGGUAAUUUUUUUCAGAACAUCGGUUCCAUCACUCUGUUUUCUGUAUUUGGCACUGCAAUAUCAGCUUUCAUUGUAGGUGGAGGAAUUUAUUUCCUGGGCCAGGCUGAUGUAAUUUAUAAACUCAACAUGACAGACAGUUUUGCAUUCGGCUCUUUAAUAUCUGCAGUUGACCCUGUGGCUACUAUUGCCAUUUUUAAUGCCCUCAAUGUGGAUCCUGUACUUAACAUGUUGGUUUUUGGAGAAAGCAUUCUCAAUGAUGCAGUCUCUAUUGUCUUGACCAACACAGCAGAAGGUUUGACAAGAGAAAAUAUGUCAGAUGUAAGUGGAUGGCAAACCUUUCUACAGGCACUGGGAUACUUUCUUAAGAUGUUCUUUGGUUCUGCGGCGCUUGGCACACUUACUGGUCUUAUUUCUGCAUUAGUGCUAAAGCACAUUGAUUUAAGGAAGACACCCUCCCUAGAGUUUGGGAUGAUGAUUAUCUUUGCUUACCUUCCUUAUGGACUUGCAGAGGGUAUCUCACUCUCAGGUAUCAUGGCAAUCCUCUUCUCUGGCAUCGUGAUGUCUCACUAUACACACCAUAACUUGUCCCCGGUUACACAGAUUUUAAUGCAGCAGACACUGAGAACUGUUGCUUUCAUGUGUGAAACGUGUGUUUUUGCAUUUCUUGGCUUGUCAAUUUUUAGUUUUCCUCACAAGUUUGAAAUGUCCUUUGUCAUCUGGUGCAUAGUACUUGUUCUGUUUGGUAGAGCAGUGAAUAUUUUCCCACUUUCCUACCUACUCAACUUUUUCCGUGAUCAUAAAAUCACCCCCAAAAUGAUGUUUAUCAUGUGGUUUAGCGGUUUACGUGGUGCAAUUCCCUAUGCUCUCAGCCUACAUUUGGGCUUGGAACCCAUAGAGAAGCGGCAGCUCAUUGGGACAACAACAAUCAUCAUAGUACUGUUCACGAUUUUGCUGCUGGGAGGAGGAACCAUGCCCCUCAUCAGACUGAUUGACAUUGAGGACUCCAAAGCACGCAAGAGGAACAAGAAGGACAUUAAUCUUAGCAAGACAGAGAAGAUGGGAAAUACCAUAGAAUCUGAACAUUUAUCAGAGCUCACAGAGGAGGAAUAUGAAGCCCAGUACAUAAAACGCCAGGACCUCAAAGGGUUUAUGUGGUUUGAUGCCAAGUAUUUGAAUCCUUUCUUCACCAGAAGACUCACACAAGAAGACUUGCAUCACGGGCGAAUACAGAUGAAAACUCUCACAAACAAAUGGUAUGAAGAGGUACGACAAGGACCCUCAGGAUCUGAAGAUGAUGAGCAAGAGCUGCUAUAGCAGACUGGGGCAGGAGUGCAGCAUGUCUUGUGCUACACAUUUAGGUACAAAACUGCAGAUCUACUGUGCUCGAUAUUACUGGUCAGCAAUGGAAACCCGUAAGUGUCAGACACUGGACUGAAUGAAGAACCUUUUGUUCAGAUUUUACAGCAUAGCAAAUUUCAUGCAGCCUGUUGAAAAGCAGGAAUGUCUGCCACAAAAUGAUGACAUUGUUUAACGGGGGGGUGUCUUCUUUCUAUUACAAAAUCUGCUGUAAACAUAUGCUGAAAUACAGAGCCAUUGUAUGACUCUGCAAAACAGAAUGAAUUGCACUUUACUUUUUUAUAUAUAUUCAUUCACAGCAUGGAGUGUCUUGACAGUUUAUACUGUGAAUUUGUUUCAGCACUAGUAAGGGAAUCUGACUGGAAUAAAUCUAUAGUUUAUGGAUUUGCACAUUAUGAAUCCAGAGAAGAUGCAAAAAAUGAUGUUGCACCUACAAGGAGGCAUCUCUGAAAACUAAUGGUUUUGUCAUUUAAGAAAUUCUCUAUUUCUGUUUUAUGGGCUUUUUUGGGUUUUUUUUUUUUUAUACUGAGGUAUUCAAUCCACAGUACUAAUUAUAGCAUGGUUUGGGGGAGUGGGGGAUUGUAUGACACAGUACAGAACUGCAUUUGAAAUUCUAGGUUUUUAACGUGUUUUUUUUCUUUGGCUAAAGAGAGUUGCAGUUGGGUUUCUGUAAUUGGCAGUUGCUCCUUGCUGGCACUUGGCUUCAAAUCUUAGAAAAGAGCGGCUUUUGUUUUGCCUAAUUCAUGAAAUGUCCCUAACACUCCAGAAUUCACUAGGGGAAUUUUUAAAUUCUAGUGGAAGCAAAAGCAGUGUGUACAUGAGGAAGAAGGGUCUUCAAAAUCUAAUCCAGGUACAGCAAGUUUAAUAUUGCACAGUGCUGAAGCAGCCUCAGUUGGGAAGUGCCAAACAGCUUUCAUUAAGCUGUCCUAUUUGCUAAUAUGAUUUUUCUCUUCUGCUUACAGUAUUUGAAAAUCAGCCGUGUCAUCUCACUUUUUCUACACGGCCUAGUCUGUUUGCUCAAAAUUGCAUACACCUAAACAGACACACAGUGUUUGUUACACAUUUGCAGUGGUUACACAUGCAGUGGUUUGCUCUCACUGCAAACCCAAAUUCCUCAUUAGUCAUUUCCACAUUCACUGUUGAAAUGUGAAUUGUAGUUCUGCACAUAAAUCUGACAUGCAAGUGCACGUUUGUUUCUAAAAGCGUGAGACUUAUAUUUUUGGUCUGGUUUUGCUACUGAGGUGUUUAAUCAACUGCUUACCUGCUGUGAGGAAUAAAAGUUCAAGAAUGUAUUUAGAAUCCUAAA